CAUUCUUAUCUCUUCCCACUUGGGAAAAAAAAAAAAAAAAACCCGGUUUCUCUCUCUCUCAUCUGGAAGCAAAGGCUUUCUUCUCCUCCUCCUCCUCCUCCUCCCCUUCUCUGUGUUCCGAUAUAUAGCAAAUAAAGAAAAGGGUAUAGUCUGUAACCCAGAGAAGCCAUAGCUAGAAUCUUAUCCCGCGAGACAGUCGUGCGACCCAGAUCUUCUUCUUUUUGGCGCCUAGCAGAGGGAGAAAGCGAUUGAUGACCAGAAGCCCUGUCCAGAUUUGGAAGCCCAAGAGGAGAAGAAGAGGACGGAGAGGCGAGGGUUGAUUUGAUUUCGUUCGACCCCUUUUUUUUUUCUUCUGUUUUGUGAAGUUUCUCCUCUCCUUUUUCUGGGGGAGGUUUCGGUGGAAUUUGUAGAGGUCUCUUUGGGACGAGACGAGAAGGGAACGGAUUCCGAGGUCUUUCAUGGAGGUGCUGGUGGGGUCGGCGCUGGGGAUCCAAGUGAGCUCGAAGUCGGCGUUCGCCAGGGAGCGCGCGGCGGCCGCGGCGCAGGCCGGAAACGAUCUGGAGGCGGGGUUCGGGGCCGGCCGGUCGGCGAAGUCGGAGGAGGAGGAGGAGGAGGAGGAGCAGGAGGACUCGUCGUCGUCGAAGUCGUCGUCGAUCGGAGUCCCGGGCGAUAGCGACGAGGAGGAAGAGGAGGACGGCGUGGUGUCGUCGGCGGAGUGCCAAGGGGGCUCGGGGAAAGGCGGCGGGUUCGGAUCUUUCGGAUCUCUGGCUUCGCUCGAGGACUCGCUUCCCAUCAAGAGGGGGCUGUCGAACCAUUUCGCCGGGAAAUCGAAGUCGUUCAGCAACCUGGCGGAGGCGAACCUGACGGAGGCGGUGAGCAGCGCCAAGGAUCUGGAGAAGCCGGAGCACCCCUUCAACAAGAGGCGCCGGAUCCUCCGCUGGUCCAAGAACUUCCCCCUCCUGUCCGCCGCCAGGUCGAUGCCCCUCUUCCCCGUCGGCGAGGAGGAGGAGGACGACGACAACGGCGAGCGCGAUCAUCGCGAAGCGGACGACGGCGACAUCUGCAGCAGCGGCGGAGGAGGAGACGGCGAGAGGGGCAUGGCCGCCGCCGCCGCGAGCAGGUUCCAGGGCCGCCACGCGAGGAAGCACAGCGUGUUCAAGUCCUCGAGCUGCUUCGCGCUGUCGGAUCUGCACGAGGAGGACGAGGAGGGGGAGGAGGAGGACGAGGAGGAAGGGAAUUGAUUUUUUUUUCUUUAUUUUAUUUUAUUUUAUUUUAUGUUUUUGGAAGUUUAAACUAACUUAUGUUUCUAAUCAUCAAUAUUAGAAAUAAAAUAGACGAAUUAUCCCCUUUUUUGGGGUCUAAAAGACAAAUUAUCUUCUUAGUUAUAUGAAAUGUGGUCUUUUGCUUUUCA